CACAUUUCAUUUCAAUCUUUCAAUUUCAUUUUGUUGUCUGAUGUGAUUGUGUGCGGUUUAUGUUUUACAAUGUAUUGAUUUAGAAAAAGUUAUAACAACAGCUUUCAAAAAACAUUUAAAAUGUCUACAUUAUUUAGUUAUGAGACAUUGGUGCAUGCUAUGGCGGGAGCCACGGGUAGUGUUGUUGGAAUGGCUGCCUUCUAUCCAUUAGACACUUUAAGGUCAAGAUUACAAGUUGCAGAUACAAACAGUCUUCAGGGAUCUCCAUGGGAGUUAUUGGUUAAAUUAGCUAAUGAAGAAGGUUUUGACUCCUUAUACCGCGGUUUGUCUCCAGUUCUUCAAUCUCUAUCUGUUUCAAACUUUGUUUAUUUUUAUUCAUUUCAUGCAUUGCGUAAUUUUGCAUCCAAAGAAAACUCGGCUCUAAAGGACUUGUUUUUCGGAAUAGUUGCUGGUAGUAUUAAUGUUAUUCUAACAUCUCCCUUGUGGGUUGUAAACACACGAAUGAAGUUGGAAAAAAAUUUAUACAAUAGUCUGAUUGAAGGUCUUGUUGAUAUCGGUAAAAAGGAAGGUGCUCGUGGGCUGUGGUCAGGCACUAUUCCCUCAUUGUUACUUGUAUCCAACCCAGCUAUACAAUUCAUGGUAUAUGAAACAGUAAAAAGGCAUUUUGUAUCUAAAAAUAGCUUUCACACAUAUGAGGCUUUCUUAACAGGUGCAAUUGCUAAAGCAGUAGCUACUACCCUAACUUACCCAUUGCAACUUAUCCAAUCAAGAUUACGUGCUGGAACAAGUCUUAAACCUUUAAUGAGUGCUGUCAAAUCCAACCCAGCUAUUAUGUUCCGUGGAUUGGAGACAAAAUUAUUGCAAACUGUAAUGACAGCUGCUCUAAUGUUUUUGAUAUAUGAAAAGCUUGUAAGGCUAGUGUUAACUAUUAUGAGGGUGAGACUUAAUAAAAGGCAUUGAUUUUUAAAUAAAAUGGUGGCAGUAGGUUGUGGCACUUGUUCAAAAAAUAUUAAUAUUGGCAAAAUUGCAGACUUGAUCUGGGGAUACUGUAAAAUAGGGAUUACUUAUCUAUACUUNGUAAUAUUUAAAUUAAUACAGAAAUAUGAAGUGAUGUGUAUUGCCAAAAUAAAACACGCAGGUUGGCUAACUUAUGAUAAUGUAGGGUUAUUGCUUAUUGGUUAAGGACUAAUACAUAUUUAAGGAAUCUUCAACUACCGACAAAAGGCCGAUGUAUUACUUUGUCGCCCGAGGGUGUAAAUUUGUUGACUCGUAGU